GACGUCAGUCUGGCCGGCUGGCGGCCGCGGCUGCCUAGGGAUGGCGGGUGCGGGUGGGGAAGGGGAGGUGCCGGCGCUGCGGGCGGUGCGGAGGUGCCUGGCGGCAUUCCCGGCGGAGGCCAGGGAGUUGGGACUGACGGAAUCUGUGCCAUACCUAGAUAGCCUUCUGUCUCCGCUGGAAUUUUAUCGGGAAUGGGUGUGUCCAAACAAACCAUGUAUAAUUCAGAAUGCCUUCGGUCACUGGCCAGCUCUGAAGAAGUGGACGUUAACUUAUCUCAGGAAGGUAGCAGGCUCCAAGAUGGUGAGUGUGGCAGUGACGCCAAAUGGUUAUGCUGAUGCUGUUUAUCAGGACCGGUUUGUCAUGCCAGAGGAGCGGCACAUGCUUUUCAGCAACUUCUUGGACAUUGUGGAGAAGAAAGUGAUCUCUCCAAGUGUGUUCUAUGUGCAGAAGCAGUGUUCAAACCUGACUGAGGUUCCUGAACUUUUAGGUGAUGUGGAGCCUGAGGUACCGUGGAUGAGUGAGGCACUCGGAAAGAAGCCCGAUGCUGUGAAUUUCUGGCUUGGCGAGUCUGCUGCUGUGACAUCCUUACAUAAAGAUCACUACGAGAACUUGUACUGUGUGAUUUCCGGCGAGAAACAUUUUCUGCUGCAUCCACCAAGUGACCGCCCCUUCAUCCCCUAUGAGCUCUACCUACCUGCGACGUAUUGCAUAUCAGAAGAUGGUUCGUUUCAGGUUGUGGAUGAAAAGGCUGCAGAAAAGGUGCCAUGGAUUCCACUGGAUCCUUUAAAUCCAGAUCUUGAACAAUACCCAGAGUAUGCCCAGGCAAGGCCUUUGCGGUGCACAGUGAAAGCUGGUGAGAUGUUGUACCUCCCUUCUCUCUGGUUUCAUCAUGUUAAGCAGUCACAUGGUUGUAUAGCAGUGAAUUAUUGGUAUGACAUGGAAUAUGACCUGAAGUACAGCUACUAUCAACUUCUAGAUUCUCUCUCAAAAGCUGUGACACUGGUGUAGCUGAGUCUGGGGACUCAGAGUCAUAAACCUUUCUAAUGUGACUGAACUGUAUGCGUCUGCCUGGAGUACGAAUAUGCUUGAGUUAGAAGAACUAAACAUUAAAUUAUCCUCAACAAAUGUCUGUCAGAGGAUAUUUGUGUUGCUUGCCUUUGGAGAUGGUAUCAUGCGGACGUUCAGUGAAAUUCCAGCCCAAAUGGCUAUCUUUUUUGGCUUGACAGGAGAGGGCUUGUUGACAUUUCAAAGCCUUCAUGCUUAGCCUCAGAUGCCUCAAGGAAGGCAGAAUUUUAGUGGAGCCACUGCAAGUUUUGGAAACCUCAAAAAUGUAAACCAUGUGUGUUCCUUUCCCUUUGCUAGAUUCUUUAGAGCAGUGGUUUUAAAACUGUGGGUCGCAACCCAGUACUGGGUUACGGAAUGUGAGGCACUGGGUCGUGACCGCUCUGGUCAGCACCGCUGACUGGGCUGUCAAAAGUCCUGUCAGCGGUGCUGCCCGACUAAGGCAGGCUAGUCCCUACCUGUUCUGACAUGGCGCUGUGUCACGGAAGUGGCCAACAGCAGGUCCGCCUCCUAGGUGGGGGGGGCGGGGCCUCAAUGUGCUGCCCGAGCACUGGGGGCGGGCGGCGCCUGUGGGCAAGAGCUGCGUGGAGCCAAUUGUGCGCCUCUGCGUAAGAGCCAGACCUGCUGCUGGCCGCUUCCAGGGUGCAGCGCAGUCUGCGGUGCCAGGACGGGUGGGAAGCCUGUCUCUGCAGCCUGGCUGCCCUACUGACCGGGAGCCGCCAGAGGUAAGCCCGUGCCCCAAUCCCCUUCCCCAGCCCUGAGCCCCCCUCAAAUCUGGAGCCCCCUCCUGCACCCCAAGCCCCUCAUGCCUGGCUCCACCCCAGAGCCUGCACCCCCAGCCCAGAGCCCCCUCCCACAACCCUGACUCCUCUUUCCUGCCCCACCCCUCAUCCCCAGCUCCAUUGGGUCGCAGGUAUCAACAAUUUUCCUCAACUGGGUCACCAGAAAAAAAAGUUUGAAACACCACUGGUUUUAGAGAACAUGCAAAGCUAUAGCCCACAGUCCAGUUUGGUAACUGGCAAAAUAAUGAGGCAAAACCAGCUCUGCAAUAACAGCGUAAUCAUUAGCCCAAGACUCCCAUUCAUUGAGAUAACUCCCAUUCAUUAUGAGACAAUACUUUCUGAGUUUUAAUUCACUGUGUUCAGUGGCUGUGUGUAAUGCUUUGACAAUUCAGAAUACAAAUUGUGCAAUAAAA